GUGAUGCAGAGACCUGGAGCUUUGUGUUUUGCUUCAUGGAUCACAGGAACUGGAGUUCUGUGUUUAACCUUCUUCCAGUUAGCAGACUCUGAGUCGGACUGUGAGCUUGGCGAGAGGUGUGUUGGGCAGAGCGAUGAAAACUUUAGCAGCUGGUAUGUGUGGUUUCUGAUGUUGUUUUUCCUGGCCUUCCUCCUCUCCUGCGGGAUCUGCUGCUGCCUGCAGUGCUGGCUGAAACGGCGGAGCUGCCUCCCCCACCGACGCACCCUGGCCGUCUUUGCUCUCAGCAGCUCGGAUGCCUUUUGCGCAAGUGAAGUGCCUCAGUGCCCGUUCUCCGGAUCUCUGAGCCCCUGCAUGACUGCGGAGAUGUCCUCUUCUCCUGCCCCACGCUUCAGCCUUGGGGGAACUGAGUUGCCUCCAUCCUAUGAGGAUAUUAUGAAGGAGAACAAGCUCUAG